CGUCUCAGCUCCCCCCAGCUCCCCUCAAAAAUCCUUCGCCCAUCCCUCAUCCUUCCCCUCGGGCUCCUACCGAGCACCACCACGACCAGUCGGUCUCUUCCCAUCACACCCAUCGCACCCAUCACACCCUAUCCCCAUCCCCAUCACACCCCAUCACCCGUCCCCCAUCCCCUAUCACACCACUCAUCACACCCCAUCUCACCACACUCACUCACAUCCCCCUACCCUCUCAAUCACCGUUCCUAUCACCAUCAUCGCACUGUUCCCUCCACACGUGCACCCCCAUCCCCAUCCAUCCACUCACUCCCAGCGCAACUCACCACGUUUGAUCGUCCACCCAGCAGCACGCACUACCCUGCCGAUCCGUCUACUCGUGUACUCACCACAAAAAUGGCGAAAUCUCAGGGUCUACGGGGACCGAGGAAACCGAGAUUACUGUCUAUCACGGCACUUACCACCGCCGACGCUCGCUACGCUGGGAGGGGGAGGUGAUUGACAUACAGCGCCACUCGCGCACGGUCGACGCGGUGGGUGGGGGAGGGUGAAACGGAUGAACAGUUAUGGAUGGGGCGAGACUACAGGACGUACCGGUUGGUAUCGCGGUAUCGUGGUAUUCUGGGUAUCGCAAAACGACUGCAGGUGUUGUUGAUGCUGGUGGUGCUGAAGAACUGCAUAUGCUAUGCUAUGCCGGUAUACGCACUCACUCGCUCACUCAGUUGUAGGAAAUAAACUUGGAUAUGCAGGUGAUGGAUGUCGGGGUCCUGACUCUGACGGACGGGAGAGAGGGUGAUAACUGACGACCACCACCACCGCCAUCACCUUCAGUAUCUCCCCGGAUACUACAGCGGGGAGGAAGUGCAGAUACCCCAAGGGUCCCGUCAGACCAGCCAAAGACAGCGGAUAUCAGACAAGACAUCUCGGAGCAUCAGUCAGUCAUUAUGACAGAACCUUCCCCCUCACCACGCCAUGGGAGAUAUCCAAAACAGCACACACAUUCCCAUAUCAUAACUCACUGUAUUAUACAUGACCACCGCCACGAAUUCAGUUCCCCAGCCCAUCUGUUGGUGUCCUAGACACUGUGCAAGACACCAACAAGGCCCGUCUGUCUCGUCUCUACCACGUCCCUGGGAUCGACGACCGGCUUGACGAGUCGGGUGGGAGAUGCGAGGUGAGCUGAGGAUUCUUCAUCAACCAGCCCGGCAGUCGUAGCCUAGGGCCUAAGGUAGGCCGCUAACUUCCAGUCUCCAGUAAUUGGUAAGUGCUUGCAUCCACCCCAAAUCCGCCUCAUCCUCCAGCUCCCUCCACCUCCAGCUGCGUACUAGCAAAGAAAACACCCCUUCGCCGCGCCGAUCCCCAAUCCAUCAUUUUCCAGCCAUGAUUUCCCACUCUUCCUCCCACUUCCUCCCCCGUACGCCCCGUAGCCCAUAAACCAACCUCCCCCCGAUUGGCCAAUCGCCUCCACCCGAGACAACGACCAACGAACGGACGGGGCAGCCCGUCCGCCGUCGUCGCAGUAUCCGAGACGCGUGUGGGCGCGCUUUGUGUGCUGGUUCUCGUUCGGGGGUGGAUCCACCAGCGUGGACGGCGGCCGGGAGUUGAUGGAUGGCCGCCAGACAGGAAAAGUUGAGGGAAGGUACGUACCGAAGGGUGGUUGUUUGCGGUGUUUGAGAGGUUGUGUCACGUGAUGAGUGGAUUAGGGCGAUAAGAAAUUAGACUGGAAGGUUGUUUUCUUAUCGGGGACUUUUUUUGGAGAGGCGCAGGAUUAGAGAUCCACGACGACGUAGAUACAACGAGACGAGUGCUUUGUUCAAGAGGGAUAUUUUGUGAAUUGGAGGCGCAAGAGGAAGAGCACGUUAUUUGGGGUUUAUAUUCUACAUUCCGAGAAAGAAGGUUUCUUGAAGAAAGUUCUGCGAAUACCAUCAUCAUCGUUUUGGCAGUUGCGACGACACAACAACACAGCUAGACAGACGACGACGGCAAAAGAUACCCAUUGAGCGAUCUGUACAGCUCAAGACCCUCUCAUCGAACAGCGACAGUCUUCAUCUCACGCGAGGCAGAGAACGAAUAUAAUUGAGGAAAGAGCCAUUGAGCUAGAGCUACACGCGCGAUCCUACAAAGCUACGAGUCGAAGCACCGACAGACACGACGAUACAGUUUAUACACACAACCAGCACACACAAUACCCCCACACAAACACCACCUAAACAAUACCCAGACGUACGCCCACCACCUCACAACCCCCAAACACACGCACGCCCACACAACGGCACGCUCAUACACAAUGGACGACCCCCCCCUCCACACCCUCUGCCAAACCUGCCACCUCCUCCCCCCCCUCUACACCUGCCCCCGCUGCUCCCUCCGCUCCUGCAGCCUAACCUGCGUGCAAACCCACAAGCGCCGCGCAGACUGUUCCGGUCUCCGGGAUCCAACAGUUUACAAGCCUAUGCGCGACCUCGCUACGCCGGCCGGGAUAGACCAUGAUUUCAACUUCUUGAGUAAAAUUGAGAGGGGUGUGGAGAGGAGUGAUAAGGUGGCUGUUGAGGGGGGGUUGGUUGGUAGUGGGGAUGUUAGGGGGGGUCCGGGGUUUGGGAGGGAGGAGAGGAGAGGGGGGGGGAGGGGGGGAAGGGGAGGAGGAGGAGGAGGGGGGAGGGGGGGAUAUGGGGGGGAGGGAGGGGAGGCGGAGAGGAAGGUUGGGAGGGAGAUAAGCCAGAAGGGGGUUAGGUGGGAGAGGUUGCCGAUGGGGAUGGGGAGGAGGAAGGCGAAUGGGACGAGUUGGAGUAAGAAACGGGGAUGUCUGGUGUGGCAGGUUGAGUGGGUGGCUCCCGCCGACGCCUCCAGCACGUCUAACACUUCUACCGUACCCACUGCAACCACACCGACUGUACCGGGGAUGCUAGGCCCCCUAAGCAAAAUCCUCGCCACCACCCCGCUCGACGAGGCAUACACCGCUUUCCUGGAGGAAACACGUCGCGCAGCCUUGACGCCGGAGGAGAAGGCGGGGGAGAAGAAGAGGAGGGCUACGUCACCUUCGGCUUCGCCUGGUGUUGAGGCGGCUCCACGGGCGGAGGCAGGAACGGGUACGGAUGAGGCGUCGACGGUGGAGGGAGAGGUGCAGGCGGAUAUUACCACCGCCGAUGCUGGAGUGGAAUCUCAAAAUCCCACACCUGCACCCGCACCCACACAACCACAAACCCAACCCCAAAGCCCCUACACAUUCUACCUCCACCGACCCCUAACCCUCUCCUCCGGCCCCACGGUCCUCAUACCCCUCCGUAGCGACGAAGGGUUAGACACACAAUUAGGGGGGAGAGUGAUAUUGGAGUUCCCGAGGGUCUAUGUUUUUCCUGCUGGUGCCUCUUUACCUGGGUGUUUCGAGAUCGAAGGAGGGAACGGGGUGGAGGAUAGGGAGGGGGAGGAGGGAGGGGAGGAGGAGGAGGGAGAGGAGGUGGUGGUGAGUGAUACUAGUUCUAGUGGGAGUAGUUCUGAGGAUGAGGAGAGUGAGGAGGAGGAGAGUGGGAGCGAGGGUGAGGAUGAGGAGAGUGGAGAUGGGGGAGAAGGAUUUGGUCCAGAAGUGGGAGAGGGAGCGGGGAGUGGUGAGGCGGUGGUGGGUGAAGGGGUAGUGGGUGAGGAUGGUAUUGAGUCUAGUUGA